AUGCCCGCCCAGCAGAUGGACGCCCUGGGUGCCUUUACCCAUCUCUCCGACAACAUCCCCCAGUGGAUCGCCCGGCUGUCCGAAUUGAGCGCCUACACCACCGCCCGACAUGCCGAGUAUGUCGAAGAGUUCCGCAAGCACUCCCAUAUGGCCCUGCGCCCGCGCCGGCGGAAGAACAGCUCCGUAUGCUCCAUCCACACCGACGACCUGAAUCUCCCCCCGACCGAGGCGCAGCCGAAAUCCAACCCCCGAAAGCGAGGCCCUGACCAGGCGCCCUCUGUCGAGUCCGCCGACCGGCACUCUCUCGUCAGUACCCGGCACAACGUCAUCAUCCACUACGACGGCCACACCCAGAAGACCCUGGAAGAGAUGGUCCGUCACAUUGGGAUCGCCCGAAACCACCUCCGCCGCGGCAAGAUGGCCCAGCUGCCGUUGGUGGGCUUCCGCACCGGGAUGUACAGCCGCACCGCGCGCAUGCCCAACUGCUCGUCCACCUCCCUGGAGUCCGACAACGCUUCGCCCUCCCCCGACCUGCUGCUGUCCAAUAUUCGUAGCUCCCGCCAGCGGGGGCCCCCGCCGGCGGCGCCCGCUCCUCCCAAAGAUUCGCCCUUUGACGUGGCCGAUAAGCACCUCGAGUUGGCGCACAGUCUGUGCGAGACGGCCGCGCACCAUUUCCUCCGAGUCGGCGACUGUGCCACCGAGUUGAACGGCGUCGACCAAAAAUUCAAGGCCUUGCUGGACCUGGCUCAGAAGGAAGUCGACCGGCUCAAGGCGGAGCGCAAGGAGGAACCCCAGGCCGACGAGGCGGAACCCCAACCCGAACCGACCAAGAAACCGGCGCCGGACAAUGCCCAGCCCUCUACCGCGGAGCAAUCCGACGCAAUCGAGGUGGACGAAGAAGACGACGGGUCGGUCGAAUCUCUGGAUUUGACGGUCUUCCGGGCCAACCGGCGACGAGCCUACGGCUGA